CCUCGUUUGCGUACUGGCUCUGACGAUACUCUCUACCGCUUUCUGAUAUGGUAUGGCAGCAGCUGCCGCUGCAUCGAUUUAGAACAUGUGCGCGUCGUUGGUUUGUUUGUCCGGAGCAAGAGGCCGGGAGAGUUGUUGCGGAGCGGGGGCUGGGGGGGCUGGACGGACGAGGACGAGGACGAGGACGAGGUCGGGUUGGUGCGCAGGAGUUUAGGGUUGAUGGUAGGUCUGUCGGGGUGGGGGUCGCGGUCGCAGGAGCAGCAUGGGUGCGCGACGAGAAUCUGGCAGAGGGCGAAUGUAACGUAGGAAUGGCAAAUUUCUGUUAGCAGCACAUGGCGAGGAGCGGGACGAGGAUGGGCGAGGGAACGACGAUCAGGAGGAGCGGUGGUGGUGGUGGAGGUGGUGGCGACGCAGGUGGCGGGGUGGAUAAUUACGUGCAGAGGAGUCGGAGGAAGAGGCGGACGAUGAGAGACCGUGCCGGGAGGGAGUUUUUGUAACAGUAAGAGUGGGAGCAAGAGGCGCAAAAGCAGGUGGAGGAAUAGGCGACAUGAAAAGGGACGGGACGGAACGAGGAGGGAAGUGAGCAGCAGCAGCAGCGAAGACGAGACGAGAGAAACGACUCCUUGGAGGGAACUCGAGCUUUAUGUGGGUGCCCGUUUGCCUGUCGUGUUUGCUGUUUCGACGCUCGCAACUCACUCGGCUCGUUUCCCAGCAUCUGUCACCGUGGACAGAUGUGGUCGGGAGAGGGCUCGAGAGUUGGUCUACAGGGGCUGGACAUGUCUGGCCUGUGGAGAUGUGUUGAAGAACGAACGGGGCUUGCCCCCUAGAGGAUGCCAUGCAUCUUCUCAGUUCCUUUUUUGAUGAUUGGUUGGACGCUGGAUAGGUUCAGGGUAGGACAUGGCGUAGAUAGGGUCUUGUAGUCAAGAACUGCAAGACGGACCAAGCGUAGCUAUGGGGAACAGAGGCCAUAAUGACUCAAGCUCAGAGUCAGACGACUGGGAAGACGAGUCUUGGAUUGUGGACUGUCCUUGCGGGGUCAGUCAUGACGAUGGCGAGGAGAUGGUGGAAUGUGACGAGUGCGGUGUCUGGGUUCACACCGCUUGCUGCCGUGUGCCGAAAUUGCUACCGUCCUAUGUAUGCGAUAAAUGCAAGCAUAAGAAGAAGCAGAAAGAGGAGGAGUCGGAGGUCGCGCAGUUACUCGCCGACCUUCCCAGUAAGCCUGUCAGUUUCGAAGAGAAAGGGGUGCCGAGGCCAGAGCUUUUUACUCCAUUUCGCCUCCCUUGCAAUUUACCAACGGAGGCGAAGGCGCAUGUCACUGGCAUACCCGGAGGUGAUCCUUCGUUCUUUGUCGGUGCACGGAAAGUAUUCGGCCGGCAACUUUGGACGUAUUCAGGAUAUGUUCCCAAGAGAUUUAACGUAGAUUAUGACCACUUGAUAAAUCCUCGCGAGAGCACAGCCGAAUUGUUGCGCGAAAUGCCCGAGUUUGUUCCUCCGCCGUACGUUGUGAAUCAAACGAUGAAGCGGAAAAUCAUGAACCGUCUGCAGGCUAAAUUGGGAGUAGGCAUAUCGCAGGGUGAUGGCGACGAGCCGCAUAAUGCUUUGACGAAUAAUGAGCAGACAGUUGUCCCUGGUCGAGAGGAUGCUAAGGAAGGGACUGUACCGGACGACGAGCCUUGCGUCCAGGACGUCACUCCGGGAGGCAAGCAGGUGAAGAACAACCACGUUAGGAAGUUAGAAGGCAAGCAUAACAAGUACAGGCACAAGCCCAAGUUAAAGGAUGAGAAACCGCAGUCUCAGGCGAAAAGGGCCAGGGAGGAUGGGUUAACGAAAGAAGCCACGAGCAAGAAGAGGAGUAGAGUUAGCGGAGACGCCGUGAAAUCAGAGGAGAACCAGGAGGUGUUCUUGAAGUCGGAGGAUGCACCGCCGGCGCCCGUGAUCCCACCGACGUCGCCGAAGAACCCCAAGGCCAUGAAGAAACUGGCAGUGCAAGAAUUCAUGGACGGCGUCGUGAGAAUCUGCAGCAGAUGUGAGAACUGCGACAUACCCGUGGGCACGCGUUCUGUCUGGAACUUCGGAAGUUCUACAGAUCAUGAAACCAAGUGGACGUGCCAAAAGUGUGGCAGAGUCGUGGGAGUUUCGACGCCUACAGGAUUCGCGACGGACUCUGUUUUGCCAAAGCAAGAGCCCGAGAGCGUGGUAGAAAACGCUGUGGCAUGUUCUGAUGUCGAAAUAGUGGACAGGAAAUCGAUUGACAAGAACGAGGCCGCCGUCAAGACGCCAAGAAGCAGAGAUGAGAGCAAGCAACGACACGUCACAGGAGAGUGUUCGCCCAAUCAUUUACCACAUCCCAAGGUGUCUGAUGACAAAGAUUCUGAUACCAAGGCAGCGGAUUCCGGCGUUCAGCAACCUCCAAGGAAGUUUGCGAAGGAGGAAAUAUGCGAGGUGACGUGUGACAAGGAACCUUCUGCCAUAAUUCUGGAGUCUCCCGGAAAGCGUCUCUAUCGUCCGGGCCAGGAGGCAGAAGCCGGGGAGAUACUAGAGGUUUUGGAUUCAUCCGAACAAAGGGCCCUUAAGCGUCAGUCUGUUCAUGCAGAAUCUGGAGAGAUAUUGGCCUGUAAAAGUGGUACGGACUCGAAGUUUUUGCCUUCAGCAGAUGAUUUCAAUUCAGAUACUCAAGGUGAGAAGAAAACCACGAAGUCUUUGACCACACCAUUGGUUACCGAGACAAGGGGGCAGGGCUCAGCUCGAACAUCCGGUUGUCUUCCUGCAUCCGUCCGGGAAAAAUUUAUUCUCCAACAACAGAGGGCGGUAUUGAGUCCUUCGUUACCUGGACAAACCGGAGUUAAUUCAGCCCAGAAAGUUGUAUCUCCUCUUUCUGCAGGCGUUACAAGUGGUUCUGGUUUUCCGAAGGUCAGUCAUAGUGAGGAAAUCGGUACACUGCAAGCACAUACACAUGAUUCUCCGACACAGGCUUCGAAGGAGCUUGAAGGAGCUUAUAAAUCUCAAGAGGGGUCACAUGAUGUCUCUCUUCUGUCGCAGUCUUCCGCGCCAGCACACAGAUUUGAAACAGAGUCAACCCAACGCUUGAAAGGCCAACCAGCAGAAAUCAAGGAACAGAUUCGAAGUGAGGGACCUUCACCUGGAGUUGUCUCACAUACUCCAGUUCUCGGAGCCAGUAGUAUCACAGAUGCGCCGGAGCAGAAAGUUUCUCUUCCUAUUUGUCAACAAGCAAGACAGAGCAACGGGGUCGGAACUUACAGUCGUAAAUCGAGUGCGCAAACGGGAGCGUCUGCCAUCCAUAGUUCUGAGAAGGCCUCAGUCAACGUCCGGGUGCCGAUCUCGACGAAAACGGAUUCAAAAGCGUUGGCAGGGCAGAUGAAAAGUCCUUUAUCGUCUGGAACUUCAUCGUCUCCAACAUCACCGCUUGUAACUACACCGUCUUCCAAACUUCAACCUCAUAGCAACAAGGCUCCAGGUUCGCCUCCACCUCAAAAGAGCUUCUCAGGAGGAAAUACACUGAAAUCCUCAAGUAUACACGGAGGUUCAAAAGUCUCAUCUUCUGGGACGUCGGGUAGCAAGCAAGUUGCUUCUCUGACUACUUCUAAAUCUGUUCCGACGCCUUCUCCAUCUCCUCUCUCCUCUAAAGCUGUUAAUACAGCAAAAGCAUCCUCGAGGUCAUCCAGCUUACCUGUGUCAAAGUCAAGUGAUGUGGGCUCGAAGUCCUCAACGUUGACGUCACGAGGUGGUAACCAUGGUGGCACUUCCUCAGGUGCUCUCAAUAAAGAGAGCGGGAAGAACUCAUCUCACAGUAAAAGCUCAGUGGUUGGCAAAGUGGUCUCUCCAACGAUCUCUAAGCCGCCAUCUUCAUCAAAACAUGGGAACGUUGUGGUGAAAACACAAAGUAAACAUUCUGGAUCGAAAGCGACCUUACAACCUUCAAAACCUUCUGGGCACACCAAGUCAAGCGUCCCACCUUCUGUACCUAAACGUUCUCCACCUACUGCCCUAAGCAGUCCAGCCACAGCAACUACUACCUUAAAAGACGAAGAGCUAGCACUCCUACUUCAUCAAGAAUUAAACAGCUCUCCUCGUGUUCCACGUGUACCAAGAGUGAGGCAAGCUGGUGCAUCGUUGCAGUUGACAUCUGCUUCUCAAGCAUCAGUAUCGUCUACGAAGGGAAAUACUGGUGCUGCUUCCAGUGCGGGUGGAAGUCACAAAUUACCGGUAGAACACCAUCUGGCUCUAAGAAGAAGGAACAGGGAAGACCGCCUUAGCAGCAAGGAUGGUGAAAGGAACAUUGGCAGAAGUCCUGUAGAUGAUUCAGUAAAGGGCGAAGGGAAGAAAGCAGAUGAUGGGAAGAUUGAUGACGGGAGAAGUACUUCAGAAGCUAUGGCCGUCAAUAUUUCUUUACCAGAUGUCAAGGAUUCCUCUGGUGGACUGGGAUCACAGUAUGUGCCUGAGGGCAGCGCCCGUCAUCAUCUAUUUGGAAGAAGCAGUCUAUCGAUAAUCGUGCCAGGUGCAGAAGAUAUUCUUGAUGGAGACAAGAAGAGUCCUGCUACGCUUCCAGGUCUGAUCGAAGAGGUUUUGAACAGCAAGGGCCAGCAAAUAUCUUAUGAGGAUGUAUGUGAGGCCAUAUUGCCUCAUUGGCCAAAAUUACGGAAGUCGAAUGGUGAGCGUUACGCCUAUCUUAGUCAUCGCCAAGCUGUUCUGGAGAGCUUGAGAAGUAGGCCCGCGUGGGCUCAUCUUGUGGAACGUCCUAAGGGCUUGCAAACAUACAUAGCACGGAAAAGAAGACGGAACGAGUCCAGAACGCUGUCUGACUCUGAGUCUGAUCCAGCUCCUAACGGUACCGAACAUCAGGCUUAUGAGGGUGUGAGUACAGGCAAGUCUUUAAAACGAUCGAGGGUUGCAGAAGGAGAGAAAGUAGAUGGCGGAUGUUCUAGCGGGCAAAAAUAUGCAGCAGAUGUUUCCAAAGGGAAGCGUAGGGUUAGGAGGCGACGGAGACUCGCAAUGGAUGACGGAACAGACGGGGAGGAUGAACCCAAAACAAAACCAGACAAAGACUCAGGAGUGGCCAAGGAAACGACUGCCAAAGGAGUCAGCCAAGAAGAAGAACCUGAUUCGAUUUCAUCGCCGUCCAGUGAGGAAGCUGUAAGCAACUACAGCGAAGAAGAUGAAGAAAUGGUUGUGCACCGGGGGAUGCGCAACAGACGGCCUCGUGGUGAUGAAAGCACUUGUAGUGAGGACGACAUGGAUUAACAUAAUUCGAGAGAAUUUUGAGGAGAACUCUCUUGACGAUUAGCUGCUACGAAUGUGCAGUUACAUCCAAGCAAAUCGUGAUUUUCAUGCAGGCAUAGCGAAAUCGGUUUGAAGCCACUAAUGACGUACGGAAGACUGGCUGUUUGCGAACUGCGUCUGAGCCGGUCAGAUAUGUGAUACGGUUGAAUAUGAAAUUUAGUGGUCCUGCUUUCACCUGGUUACCGAUGGAGUAUCACAUGAAUGUGCUCAUUUCGGCAAAGCAGGUUAUACAGCAAAGAGGUCAAAAGCAGCAGCUGAUCGAGCAGAUACUUGAAGUCUGUACCAUCUUGAUGCUCCGAAGGUAAGUCCGCACAGUCAGUCAGGCUCUUACAGAAUGACUUCAUCCUGUCUUUCAUCAUUUUCGUUGAUUGUAGCUCUGCUCUGAAAGUUCAGCAAUUCAGCUGUGGGUCGGUGAAGUCUGAGCCCAGCAGACACGUCCAAUUCUUCAGGCCACCCACCAGUUCAUGUACCAUUAUGAAAUUUUUUAAAUAAAUCGUCUGCUCCAGAGGUCUAAGAAGACGGGGCUCUCUUCUAUGGAUGAUCCAUGUUAGAGCCUUGCUGGUUCGUUGUUGAUAUCAGAAGAAGCAGACGCCUCCUCUGGCAGAUUCUUCCUGUGUCCGGUAAUGAUGUGACUUCUGUGUGCCAUAUGAUUUGUC